AUGAAGAUUUUUUCGUCGUCCUACACCUUCGACUAUUCCUGGGAGGAAGUGAGUACCAACAACUGGCGGAAAUACUGCCCUUGGAACGAUAAAGCUUCCCAUGUUUUGGCGGUUGACACGAUCUCGCGCCACAUCGACCCUCAGACGGGCAUCCUGCGCACCGAACGCCUCAUCACAUGCCAACAGAACGCGCCGAAAUGGAUUCUGAGCAUUAUCGGAGGUGAAACUACGAGCUAUGUCUACGAAGUCUCGUACGUGGAUCCGGCUUCGAAGAAAGUCACAAUGUGUAGCACAAACAUGACCUGGUCAAAUCUUUUGGAAUGCCGGGAGACCGUGGUUUAUCAGGCCUCCUCCAGCGACGCGACACACAAGACGGAAUUCCACCAGCAAGCCAAGAUUGUGGCAUUAUGCGGUGGGUGGCAAAAGAUCCGCACCAAGAUCGAAGAAGCCAGUAUUGAGCGGUUUCGAGAAAAUGCCGCCCGAGGCCGGGAAGGCUUCGAAAUGGUCCUGGAAAUGUCGCGCAGGGUCUUUGGUGAGGAACGAGAAAGAUUACGAGCGGGUUUGCCGGUCACCGUAUGA